GCCACCAUGCCGUCCGAUUAUUUAUCAUGAUAUUCAAGAGUUUGAUGAGCUUAGUACUCGUCAGACCGUUGAACAAUCCUACAAUCUAUGGCUUUCAAUUUUGAUUACCAGUUUCACUGGCCGUUAUUCUGCAGGUGAUAAUCUAAGCUAUUUCCGUUGGUUUUUCCUCGUAACAUUACUUGAUAUCAUUUUUGGUGUAUUCAUCGGUAUUGGUUGGGUUUUCGGAGGCGGUGGUGGAUUAAUUGAGAUGGUUACAAAUUUUAAAGCGAUCCAUGAAAAAGGAGCUAUUGCCAUAGUCGCUGGUGUUUUUAACGCUGUCUGUGCUACAUUAGUGUUUGCGCAAGUCGUUAUGCACAUUAUGUUGUGGCGUAGGGUAUACGCUUACAUUGAAUCUAAAGGUUGGACACUUCUCCCUGGAAAAUAA